AAGAGUUAUAAACCCUAAGGAGCCAAAGCGGACUCUGUUGGUUUUCAGGUCGAGAUUGUUUGUCGAAUCACAAGUUGUUUUGUGCGUACGAAUCUGAUGAUUUUUUCUUUCCCUGCUAGGUUUGAUUGCUUAGAAAUUUGUCGUCAAAAUCAAUCAAUGGGGAAACAAGUUGCUAAGAAGAUCACUUGGGUGAUUAAGAAUUUCUCAUCUUAUUCUUCCAAAACCGAGCAAAUUUGCUCAGAUCAGUUCAUCGUCGGUGGAUGCAAGUGGCGCUUAAUUGUCUACCCCAAGGGAAAUAACGUCGAUUAUUUGUUUAUGUAUUUGGAAGUAGCUGAUUACGGAUCACUGUCACCUGGUUGGAGAAGACACGUUCGUUAUCUCCUCAAUAUUGUAAAUCAAAACUCCGUUAAACGUUCCAAGCAAAAUGAAGAACAAAAGUGGUUUGAUGUGCGGUCUCCCCGUUGGGGUCGCCUGUCCAUGUUUCCACUAAAUGAAAUCCGUGCCAAAGAUAGCGGGUUCCUCGUGAAUGGAGAACUCAGAAUUGUUGCUGAGAUAGAGGUUCUUGAAGUUAUUGGGAAGUUAGAUGUAUCAGAGGAAACUUCAACUAUUAUGGAAACCAUGGAUUUCAAUGGCUUUCAACUUCUUCCCUCACAGGUGGAAUUUGUGAGUCAUAUCUUUGAAAGACACCCAGAGUUUGCAUCUGAAUUCCGUUUAAAGAACCCAAAUCUUAGGACAGGUUACAUGAGUUUGUUACUCAGUCUGAUUGAGACUCUGCGCCAGUCGCCUCACGAGCUCCACAAGGAUGAUCUGGACGAGGCAUAUGUUGCACUCAGAUCCAUGACUGACGCUGGAUUUAAUGUUGAGUGGCUGGAGAAGAAACUUGCGGAGCUGUCUGAAAAGAAGGAGAAAGAAGAGGCUAGUGAAACUCGGAUGCAAGAAGUAAAAAAAGAGCUGAAAGGUUUGAAACAGAAAUGCUUAGACUUGGAAGCUCAGCUGGAGAAGGAGAAAGCUGAGGUUUUAGCUGCAAAAGCUCCUCUAUCAUUCGCUGAUGUGUUUUAGUAUUUGUUUCAGUUCAUAGGCAUGGUCGCUGUUCGCUUGCAGAUAGACUUGGCUUUGUGGUGUUGUUUAGAUACUUUGCUACGUUAUUUCGAUUUAUAAUAUUUGACUGGAACAAUUUUUAUGCAGUUA